AUGGGGUCGCCAAUUAACCCCAUCAUUGCAGAUAUUGUGAUGCAACGCGCAAUAGAAGAAACUCUGAAAGGGAAUAUGCUGAGAAUUCUAUUUAUUAAGAAAUAUGUCGAUGAUCUCUUACUUGCGGUGCACAAAGAUGAUGUUAAUGAUGUCCUACAGCAGUUCAAUUCUUUCCAUCCUCGUAUCCAAUACAAAAUGGAAAUUGAAGAUAAUGGUGUCAUUCCCUAUCUGGAUACGGUGGUGCACCGGAUAUCGGAUGGAGAGAACCUGAGGACUUCAUGGUACUCGAAGGCAUAUCCACCACGACAGAGAGAGAGAGAAUCACCAACGAUUUACCACUCGAUCACGUACAUUCCGGGAGUCUCAGAAAGGAUUAGAAGAAUUGUAGGAGAGACCCUAAGGACACGGAGUGGCUUUCCGGACUGUAGGGAAGAAUCACGAGACCUUGUGGGAAUCCCAGAGGACCGUGUGACGUUCCGGAAGCAUAAAUAUACAGUCCACACUACGCCAGUGCAGUCGGCCAGCCAGCCGCCGCCAGAGCACAAGGAACCGCCGCCGGUUCACUCAGCCGGUACAUUCCAAGGGUAUAUAAACAUCGCCAGAGCAGCCAGUCAUCCAACCGCUGCCAAAGCAGGCCAACCCACCGUCAGAACAGCCAGUCAGUUGUUGCCACGGCAUCCCAGCAAGGCCAUAUCAGACGGCACUUCCAUCGCCGCCAGAGCGCCAAAGUAA